GAGCUCGCGCGCACAUCGCAACGCUGAAGACAUCUUAUAGUAUUAGUAUACAGGCUAAAUAUAAAUAUAUUUAGCAUAAAUUCAGACAGGAUGCUAAAACUGGUGGCAAAACAGCUGAGGAGUCACCCGGCUUUGAUCCCGCUGUUUGUAUUCAUCGGCGGCGGAGCAACCAUGUCGAUGCUCUAUCUCUGCCGUUUGGCCCUCAAGAACCCAGACUGCUCGUGGGAUCGCACCAAUAACCCUGAACCCUGGAACAAACUCGGCCCUAACGACCAAUACAAGUUCUUCACGGUGAACAUGGACUACUCCAAGCUGAAGAAGGACAGGCCUGACUUCUGAACCUAAGUCCUGGGUUUAUAUAAAUGGUGCUGUAUGAAAUCCAAGAACUGCUGAAUAUGCUCAUUGCCAUUUCUGAGAAAGGAAAGGAAGCCUUCAUGAUUCUUCCAUACAGAUUGAACACAUUCAUACAGAAACACUCUUGUUUUGUACUUUAUAGAGAUUCAUUUUAAAACUUUAAAGACUUUAGUGCGAUUCUUAACCAGAAAUGGUUCAGUCAGGAAAUAUAUCAAAUAUGAAUGAUUUGUAGAAUCAUGGAAAAUCUAUGUUAAAAUUAUACCGUUUGAUUGUGUUUUCCCAAAAUGGUUUCAUAUUUCUUUUCAGUUUGUAUUGGCUAGGCUUCCAGACUUAACAUGCUAUCUCUUAAAUAACACCAGAAAUAAAUAAUAAUAAAAGAAAUAUAUUUAUUGGC